AUGAGGAGUAAUGGAUACAGAAGAGGAACAAGAUCGCUGUUUUCGCAGGACCAUAGGAAGCACGGUGUAGCAAGGACAAGUAAGUAUCUCGAGAAGUAUGCGAUAGGAGACCUUGUUGAUAUUGUAGUGAAUCCAGCGAUGAUGAAGGGGAUGCCGUAUAAGUACUAUCAAGGAAGGACAGGGCGAGUGUAUGAUGUGAAGCCAAGGUCGUUGAACGUUGUUAUACGCAAGAAGGUGCGAGGGAAGUAUGUGAUCAAGAAGGUUAUUGUGCGUGUUGAGCAUGUGAGGAAGAGCAGAAGCGAUGAGGAGAGUAAGAGGAGGAUUCAGGAGAUAAAUGAGAAGAUUGAAAAGGCGAAGGCGGAAGGGCUGGUGAUGCCGAAGAUCAAGAGGCAGAUGAAGGGGCCAAGGGAGGCGAUGGAGAUCUGUCUCGAGAGCAACCGACCGAUUGAAGUUGGAUAUGAGCCCUAUAUUGCGAUUUUCUGA